UGGUGGAGACGGGGACGGUGGUGGAGGUGAUUUGUAAACAUAGGGAGGUGGUGGUGAUGGAGACGGUGGCGGGGGAGACUUGUAGACAUAAGGUGGAGGUGGUGAUGGUGAUGGAGGGGGUGGUGAUUUAUAGACAUAGGGGGGUGGUGGUGAUGGAGAUGGCGGUGGGGGAGACUUGUAGAUGUAAGGAGGUGGUGGUGAUGGAGAUGGUGGUGGGGGAGACUUGUACACGUAAGGUGGUGGUGGAGAGGGAGAUGGUGGUGGAGGUGACUUAUAGACAUAAGGUGGAGGUGGUGAUGGUGAUGGAGGUGGUGGUGAUUUAUAGACAUAGGGGGGUGGUGGUGAUGGAGAUGGCGGUGGGGGAGACUUGUAGAUGUAAGGAGGUGGUGGUGAUGGAGAUGGUGGUGGGGGAGACUUGUACACGUAAGGUGGUGGUGGAGAGGGAGAUGGUGGUGGAGGUGACUUAUAGACAUAAGGUGGAGGUGGUGAUGGUGAUGGAGGUGGUGGUGAUUUAUAGACAUAGGGGGGUGGUGGUGAUGGAGAUGGCGGUGGGGGAGACUUGUAGAUGUAAGGAGGUGGUGGUGAUGGAGAUGGUGGUGGGGGAGACUUGUACACGUAAGGUGGUGGUGGAGAGGGUGAUGGUGGUGGAGGUGACUUAUAGACAUAAGGUGGAGGUGGUGAUGGUGAUGGAGGUGGAGGAGAUUUAUAGACAUAAGGUGGGGGUGGUGAUGGAGAUGGUGGAGGAGGAGACUUGUAGAUAUAAGGUGGUGGAGGUGAUGGAGAUGGUGGUGGAGGAGAGUUAUAGACGUAAGGAGGGGGUGGAGAGGGAGAUGGUGGUGGAGGAGACUUAUAGACGUAGGGAGGGGGUGGAGAGGGAGAUGGUGGUGGAGGAGACUUAUAGACGUAGGGAGGGGGUGGAGAGGGAGAUGGUGGUGGAGGAGAGCUAUAGACGUAAGGAGGGGGUGGAGAGGGAGAUGGUGGUGGAGGAGACUUGUACACAUAAGGUGGCGGUGGAGAGGGAGAUGGUGGUGGAGGUGACUUAUAGACAUAAGGUGGAGGUGGUGAUGGUGAUGGAGGUGGAGGAGAUUUAUAGACAUAAGGUGGGGGUGGUGAUGGAGAUGGUGGAGGAGGAGACUUGUAGACAUAAGGUGGUGGAGGCGAUGGAGAUGGUGGUGGAGGUGACUUAUAGACGUAAGGAGGGGGUGGAGAAGGAGAUGGUGGUGGAGGAGAGCUAUAGACGUAAGGAGGAGGUGGUGAAGGAGAUGGUGGUGGUGGAGACUUGUAGAUGUAAGGAGGUGGUGGUGAUGGAGAUGGUGGCGGGGGAGACUUGUAGAUGUAAGGAGGUGGUGGUGAUGGAGAUGGUGGUGGGGGAGACUUGUACACGUAAGGUGGUGGUGGAGAGGGUGAUGGUGGUGGAGGUGACUUAUAGACAUAAGGUGGAGGUGGUGAUGGUGAUGGAGGUGGUGGUGAUUUAUAAAUAUAGGGGGGUGGUGGUGAUGGAGAUGGCGGUGGGGGAGACUUGUAGAUGUAAGGAGGUGGUGGUGAUGGAGAUGGCGGUGGGGGAGACUUGUAGAUGUAAGGAGGUGGUGGUGAUGGAGAUGGUGGUGGAGGAGACUUAUAGACGUAGGGAGGGGGUGGAGAGGGAGAUGGUGGUGGAGGAGAGCUAUAGACGUAAGGAGGGGGUGGAGAGGGAGAUGGUGGUGGAGGAGACUUAUAGACGUAGGGAGGAGGUGGCGACGGAGAUGGUGGUGGAGGAGACUUAUAGACGUAUGGAGGGGGUGGUGAUGGAGAUGGUGGUGGUGGGGACUUGUAGACGUAAGGAGGUGGCGGUGGAGAUUUAUACACGUAAGGAGGUGGUGGUGGUGAUUUAUAAAUGUAAGGAGAAGGUGGUGGUGGAGACUUAUAAACAUAUGAUGGUGGUGGAGGCUUGUGAUGCUUAUACUUUGGUGGAGGUGGUGGUGGAGACUUAUAAACAUAUGAUGGUGGCGGAGACUUAUGAUGCUUAUAUUUUGGUGGGGGCGGCGGCUUGUGGUGCUUAUACUUCGGUGGAGGCGGCUUGUGGUGGCGGUAUUUUAGCGGUGGGGGAGGUGUGUGGUGACGAUACUUCGGAGGAAAAUUUGUGUGAUGUUGAUGCUUCGGUAAAUCAAAACCGAGUUCAGGUUUUUUGAUAGGUAGCAAAGCAUCAUCAAAUUGAGCAGCAACGACGGUGGCAGCAAUGAGGCACAUUGCCACUGCUGAGAGCAACUGAGGCCAAUGCCUCAAAGGUUUCAUAGUCCCCAUCUUCCGGCGAUGGGCGGAAAGCUAUUUUCUUCUAACACACAACACUAAAUGGUUGUUGAGUUGCAUUGCAUUACAAGGUAUGCUUCCUAUCCUUUAUAUAUUACUCACCAAUACCUUCUUGAUUGACAAACAUAAUGAUAAUUUAUUCCACGUAGAGAAGAGUACCACAUCUGACUCCUUCAAAUCAAUAUCUUUAUACAUUUUUUUAGUUCUAAAUUUGUUUUCUUCACCCUUAUUUAAUUUAAAUGUUCAACUUAAUUUUAUCAAUGCUGCUAGCUUUAAAAGCUUUUAUACUCUGAAAUCAAAAGCUUGAUCCAGAAUUAUAAGAGUUUUCAUGAUUAAGUUUCUAUUUUAGAUCAAAAUUUAGAAAGUUGUAUGCUCAUUUUGAAGUAGAAGCUCUUUAAUUACUACAUAAUAGAUUCUAGUAAAAUUGUGCAUUUGAAUCAAUAGUUAGAUGUCCAAAUGUGAAAAAACUUUGUGAGACAAAUUAUCAAGUGCAUUUGAUCAAGCAGUCAGCUAAUAUAGCAAAAGAAUACAGCAAAUACAUAGACCAAAGUAUAUAGCAAUACUUUGCCAUCAAGCCUAAAGCAUCAGCAAAACUUUGGCAAAUAUAUCAAUGUGUUUUGCUCUUUUGUUUAUGUUUUUUUGUUUUUUCAUUUGAAUACUUUGCUCUUUAUAUUCAUAUUCGUUCGAUAAUUUGUAAAUACAACAAUCAAACUUAAAAUACUAAUCGAUAUAAUACAAUACAAAAGAAUUUAUAAAUAUAGCAAAACUUAGAUUUAGCUCUUAGAAUGUAUUGUUGAAUGACUAUAUUGCUCGUAGAAAUCUACCGGUCCAUAAAUUUUUGUUGAUUCGUGCAAAGAAAGAGUUUUUAAUUCAGUGUUGCAUAAACAGAGAUCUGACUUUUUGCAAAAUUCAAUUGAAUAUUGAAUUUGAAACUUUAUGGUUACCAUUACCAACCACUAAGUUUAUAGAUUGAGAUGCAAUGGGGUGAACAAAUAAUAAUGCAUUUUGAGGCAUAAUUAAUUUAAGAGAAGAAAGUAAUGCACGUUCGUAGCUUAUCUUUGUUCCAAAAUAAUUACAUAAAUCACAAAUAAAAUUUAUGCUUCAAUUUAAUUUUAUUUUUUUCCCAUGUCGGUGAUAUAU